UCUCCAUAACACACGGAGGAAUUGAGAUGGGACAAGGUCUCAACACCAAAGCUGUUCAAAUAGCUGCAUACUUUCUUGGUAUACCGAUGGAGAAGAUUCAAAUCAAAGCGAAUCAUACACACAUGACUCCCAAUAGUCAGUUGUCUGGGGGAAGUUUGACUUCGAUUAAUGUUGGGAUAGGAGUUCAAAGAUGCUGUCAGCAGAUUUCAGCGCGUUUAGCUCCUCUUAAAGUUGGUCUUCUGAACCCUUCUUGGGAAUUUUUAGUGAAGAUGGCAUACAAUGCCAGCAUAGAUCUUCAAGCUCACGCGUUUGUGUCGAUGUUAGACACGCAGAAGUAUGCAGUACACGGGGUGACGUUAGCUGAAGUAGAAGUAGACGUUCUGACAGGAGAGUGGGAGCUACUGAGGGUUGACCUUCUGGAGGAUGCCGGCAUGAGCAUUAGCCCGGGAGUAGAUAUUGGUCAAGUGGAAGGCGCCUUCAUAAUGGGACUGGGUUACUGGACGACAGAGCACAUGGUGUAUGACCAGGAGUCCGGCGAGGUGCUCUCGGACCGGCCCUGGAACUACCACGUGCCGCAGGCUCGGGACAUCCCGCAGGACUUCCGCGUGUAUUUCAAGGAGAAGUCCUAUUCGGAAGUGAGGACGCUUGGAGCUAAGUCGAUUGGCGAGCCCCCUCUUUGCAUGUCGGUGGCGGUGCCACUAGCUAUCCGGGAAGCUAUUGCUGCAGCCAGGAGCGACGCCGGAAAACCACUCAACGAAUGGUUCCAGAUAGGUACUUUCAUAUUACACGUAAACGAAAUAGUCGGAGUAACAACAGAUGAGACGAACUAA